ACGAGUGGGGCUGGCCUGCCCGCGAGCCGGUCCAGCAACGAGCGCGGCGGGCGGGAGCGCGUCCCAGCUCGGCCACGAACCUCCCCUCCGGUCCGCCGCGCUCCGGCUGGGGGGUCUUGAGACGGGAAGCGCGGCGAAGCGACGCGGGCAUCCGGCGGCGGGCGCGGGAAGCAGGGCGGAGGGGUCGAGGCGCGCUGCGCUGCCGCCGGGUCCUCGCCGGGUGCUGCGGGCCCCGGGCGCGCGGGGCUCCGCGGCGCGCGCACUAUGCGGGCGGAUUGCCUGCCGCCGCGAUGGCGAGCCGGGCGCCGCUGAGAGCCGCGCACAGUCCGCAGGGUCCCCCAGGCCAGGCCGCGCCCGCCGCCACCGGCCGGGCCGCGCUGCCCGGCGCAGGCUGCUGUCCCCUCCCUCCUGGCAGCAACUCCUCCUCCAGGCCUCGGCUUCUCCUGCUGCUGCUGCUGCUGCUCCAGGACGCUGGAGCCCAGCAAGGUGAUGGAUGUGGACACACUGUACUAGGCCCUGAGAGUGGAACCCUUACAUCCAUCAACUACCCACGCACCUACCCUAACAGCACCGUGUGUGAAUGGGAAAUCCGAGUAAAGAUGGGAGAAAGAAUUCACAUCAAAUUCGGUGACUUUGACAUUGAAGAUUCUGAUUCUUGUCACUUUAAUUACCUGAAAAUCUAUAAUGGAAUUGGAGUCAGUAGAACGGAAAUAGGUAAAUACUGUGGUCUGAAUUUACAAAUGAAUCAGUCAAUUGAAUCCAAGGGCAAUGAAAUCACAGUGCUGUUCAUGAGUGGAAUCCAUACUUUUGGACGAGGAUUUUUGGCUUCAUACUCAGUUAUAGAUAAACAAGAUUUAAUCACUUGUUUGGAUAUUGUAUCUAAUUUUUCGGAACCUGAGUUCAGUAAAUACUGCCCAGCUGGCUGUCUGCUCCCUUUUGCCGAAAUAUCUGGAACAGUUCCUCAUGGGUACAGAGAUUCUUCGCCAUUGUGCAUGGCUGGAAUCCAUGCAGGAGUAGUGUCAAACGUCCUGGGUGGCCAGAUCAGUGUUGUGAUUAGCAAAGGGACCCCAUACUAUGAAAGCUCUUUGGCUAACAACGUCACCUCCGUGGUGGACUACUUAUCUCCGAGUCUCUUUACAUUUAAGACAAGCGGCUGUUAUGGGACUCUGGGGAUGGCAUCCGGGGUGAUUGCCGACCCCCAGAUAACAGCAUCUUCUGUGCUGGAGUGGACUGACCACACGGGGCAGGAACACAGCUGGAGACCGGAGAAGGCCCGGCUGAAAAAACCUGGGCCUCCCUGGGCUGCUUUUACCACUGACGAGCAUCAGUGGCUGCAAAUCGACCUGAAUCGGGAGAAGAAGAUAACAGGUAUUGUAACCACUGGAUCUACCAUGGUAGAACACAAUUACUAUGUGUCUGCCUACAGAGUUCUGUACAGUGACGAUGGGCAGAAAUGGACUGUGUACCGAGAACCUGGUAUGGAGCAGGACAAGAUAUUUCAAGGAAACACAGAUUAUCACAAGGAUGUUCGUAAUAACUUUUUGCCACCAAUUAUUGCACGUUUCAUUAGAGUGAACCCUGUCCAGUGGCAACAGAAAAUUGCCAUGAAAGUGGAACUGCUCGGAUGUCAGUAUACUCUCAAAGGCCGUCUUCCAAAGCUUACUCAGCCUCCACCGCCUGGGAACAGCAAUAACCUCAGGAAUACUACAGCUCAUCCCAAACUAAGUAAAGGUCGUGCCCCUAAAUUGACUCAAGCACUUCAACCUCGAAGUAGGAACGAACUUCCUGCACAGACAGCACGGACAACGGCCACUCCCGACAUAAAAAAUACCACUGUAACUCCCAAUGUAACCAAAGAUGUCGCACUGGCUGCUGUACUGGUUCCUGUGCUGGUCAUGGCCCUCACCACGCUCAUCCUCAUUUUAGUGUGUGCUUGGCAUUGGAGAAACAGGAAGAAGAAAACCGAAGGCACCUAUGACUUACCGCACUGGGAUCGGGCAGGUUGGUGGAAAGGAGUGAAGCAGUUUCUCCCAGCCAAGUCCGUGGACCACGAGGAGACACCAGUUCGCUAUAGCAAUAGUGAAGUGAGUCACCUGAGUCCCAGAGAAGUCACCACAGUGCUACAAGCUGAUUCUGCAGAAUAUGCACAACCCCUCGUGGGAGGAAUUGUUGGCACACUGCACCAGAGGUCUACCUUCAAACCCGAAGAAGGCAAAGAAACAGGCUACGCAGACCUAGACCCUUACAACUCUCCAGCGCAGGAAGUGUAUCAUGCCUAUGCUGAACCGCUGCCCAUCACGGGGCCUGAGUAUGCAACGCCAAUCGUCAUGGACAUGUCAGGGCACCCCACAGCCUCAGUCGGUCUGCCCUCCACAUCCACGUUCAAAACGGCAGGGAACCAACCUCCUCCCGCGUUAGUGGGAACUUACAACACACUUCUCUCCAGGACUGACAGCUGCUCCUCAGGCCAGGCCCAGUAUGACACCCCGAAAGGUGGGAAGCCAGCUGCUGCCCCAGAGGAACUGGUGUACCAGGUGCCGCAGAGCACCCAGGAAGUGUCUGGAGCAGGAAGGGAUGAGAAGUGGGAUGCUUUUAAAGAAAUCCUUUGAAGGUGGUGCUGCUUUUUACAAAGCAUCCAUUUAAAGCACAUGGCUUUUUACUUACUUAGUGGUAGUAACAGUAGAAUGUAUUAUGUAUCUGUCACUGAAGUGGGUAGAGGAAUGUGGUGACCGAGGUACAAGAAACUACUUACCUUGCCAUCUAGCUUUAAAGGUGUUACUGUGUGGCACAGUUACUGCUUGCCUGUUACAUUUCAAACAUCCUGUUUGUUACUACUGUAAAACACUAUUUUUAAUACAGAAAAAGCUCCCUAUAAUGCACUUCAAAGAAACUGAAAAUCACUGAGUAUUUAUUACCAAUGCUGCAGGUACAUUAAUGAACUUGAGAUGGUUCGAUAAGCCUUGCUGGCAAUAAUGCAUGGUACUGUUCUUGAAAUGUCAAAUGGCUUGAAACUCUCCCUUUGUGAAAGGUAGGUACUGUCAUGGUCUCUUCUUUCCACCUUGUCUGCAAUCUUCUUCUUCACAAUAGCAAUCCAUAAGCAUUGUCCUAGCUGCAGCUGUGUGCACUGCUCUGUAUUUCCCGAGGAAGGUGCAUAGUUGGAGCACCUGCCUUGCAGUACGCUGGGGGACUGACUUCUUUGAUGACACUCUUUUAAUGCCUCCUGGCAAAGCACCUGGUCUCACCUCUGCUCAUUCCCACCCAGGACCUUUGUGGCCUCGCUCCAUCCUGUGUUUAUAGAUGCUGGAGGCCUCUUUCAAUGGGCAGUCUAGAGAAACCAGUCUUCCAGCUGUCAAAUAGUUGAUUUCUGUUUCCUUCAGUAAACUAUUAUAACAAAAAGGAAACCAAUAUGAACCAGACCUGAUGGCAUGGGCCUGCAAUCCCAAGUACCUGUAGCAAGAGGAUCCCAAGUUCAAUGCUUUGAGGUCUACAGAGUAAGUUCAGGAUUAACCUAGGCCACUCAUAAAACCCUGUCUCAAAAUAAGAAAGGAGUGAGGAGAUGUCUUAGUGGUUUAUGCUUGCCUACGGCACGUGUGAGGCCUGAGAUUCAAUCCUAUACUAAAGAAGAAUGGGCCACCAUGCCUUCUUCAGUUCUGUGUGAUUCUAUGGGAAUCUGAGUCGUCCUUUGUGUCAGACCUGGCUGACUUGUGCCAUAGCAUCUGAACUGAGCGGGAUUCUCCCCAGCGACUGCUCACUACUUGACCUGCCUGCACUCAUUUCCAAUAGGGAACAUUAAGACAUUGGAUUAGCCUGUAGUGCGCGCGGAAACCACCUUCUACUGUCUGUAGGCUGACAAGAUAACUGAAGAAGCUCAUCAGAUGUAGACAUAAACUCCGUACCCCUCUGCACAAACCUGUUUGUUGGUUUAGUCUUAAAGUAUACUGGGCCAUCAGGUCCUGGCCAUUUCUCUCAGCUUGUACUAUCCAGGUUAUACAUCGCCAAACCUCACUAAAUGUGGAUAAUGGUAAACAGUAUUGACUUUGCUUCUUUCCACAAGUCCCUCAGUGUUUUAAAACAUUGCUUCAGAAACAGACCUGUUUGUUCCUGCAGGUUCCCUGCCUCUGCCUCCUCUUCCUCCCCCUCCCCUUCUUUCUCCU